GCCAUCUUGGAAAAAAUACAGUUUCCUGAUUCACCUUGUUGAACUAGAUCUUGCUUGUGUCAAGGGUGGUCUGCGAGAGGCCCGGGAAACGGUGCUUGAUACAGAGCAAGAGGCUGUCGGCCCUGCUGGCCAGCGCCAUGUUCUUGCCGCCGUCGCUGCCAUCGUCGGUGGCGAGCUCCUUGACCUUUCUCCACUGCACCCAUCUCCCGCCGCCGCCGUGUGCAAGGCUUGUGCUUGCCUUGCGUCUAUUGGUUCAGACCACAAAACGCAAGCUGAGAUAUGCGGGGUUUGUGGCCACAGGCCGGCGGCGGCGGAGGCGGUGCCCCCGGCGAAGCUGGACUCUGCCUUCCCCACCCAGGUGCUCAAGGACUUCCUCUUCCUCGGCAGCUACGACAACGCCUCCCGCUCCGAGGUCCUCAAGACGCUCAACAUCACCCACAUCCUCAACACCAUGCCAGAUUGCCAUAAUCUUUAUCGGAAUUUAUUCGCUUAUCACUGCCUUCAAGAUGAUAAAACUUUGGAUUUUGAUGGUGCAACCCAGUUUCUACGUAUGGUCCAUAUUAUGCUUUCAGCAUUUUGGUCUGGAAUAGAACAAUGUGUAAGAGAGAAAUCACGUGUUCUUGUCCAUUGCAUGUCCGGGAAAAACAGGUCAGCCGCUGUUGUCACAGCUUUCUUGAUGAAGUCUAGAGGGUGGAGAGUUGCGCAGUGUUUCCAGUGGGUGAAAGACCGGCGACCACAGGUGCUACUGACAGAAGCUUCUCAGGGUCUACUUGUUGAGUAUGAACAGAAGCUCUUUGGACCAAAUGCUAGCAUACUAGCUCAAACUGUGGUUCUAACUGAGUCAUUUCCUUCACUCGGAUUUGGUUUCCCGGAACCAUCAGGUGACAUACAAGUGCCUGCAUUCAGCCAGUCUCAUGUCCCAUCCAUUUUCGAGCGAGCUGGCCCAAACAAUGUUCCUAGCAAUUUUUCUUUUGGAGAGGGUAUUAUGGAAGUCAAUCCUAGCAACAGUGGCACGGUCACCUCAACUUCAUGCGAUAACCAGAUGGACAGCUCGUAAGAUGACUUAACAGGCUGUGUUAUGAACUUGCUGCGUUACAGCAAGGUCUAUCGGAUGUCACUUGAUACUUUAGAUUUCACUAGAUUGAGAAAUGUUUCUGGAAAAUUAUGUGUGGGCUUAUAUGGCAGUAGACUCAGCAAUUCACUGUGGCUUUGAUUGUGUUA